UUAAAAUGUCGAAAUUUACCGAAUUCACAUGUUGGAUUCUCAUAUUAAUAAUAUCUGUUAAUGAAGGAUUAAUUGAAGGAAGAACGACUACGAAAGCGGUAAACAAAGCAAUAAUUAAAACCAUUAAGGUCAGAAACGCAAAGACCAUUGAUUGUUAUGAUAUUUACAGACAACCUAGUCUUAACCAUCCUUUGCUUUGUAAUCAUACGAUACAGAUGAGACCAACGUUGAACCUAAAAGGAACGAAAUCAGAUAUUUCCGGAACACUUGAAGUUACACAAACUUGGCAUAAGUACGGAUCAUGUCCUGAAGGAACUAUCCCUAUUCGGAGAAAACGAAAAAUUUAUAAUCCCACAAUUUUGCGCAAACAUCAUUAUACAAGAUUAUCACCUUUUAAGACUCUUGUUACAUCAAAAUCAAACAACACUAUUGAUAACUAUAAUUUCCAUGAGGUGUACAAGGAAAUGAAUGGUGACGACCAGACCAGAUUUUCAUAUACUGGACAAUCGGGUUGCUACAAUCUCCUUUGCCAUGGUUUUGUGAAAACAACGUCAAAUAUCUCCCUUGGUUGCAAUUUCACAGAGGUAUCUACUUUCAAUGGUGACCAAAAAGAUUUCACCUUCAGUAUUCAAAAGGACCAAAGUAGUGGAAACUGGUGGGUACAAUUACAAGGUAUUUCAGUCGGUUAUUAUCCAAGCGCUCUCUUCACGGAAUUAUCAAGAUCGGCAACAAAAGUAGAAUGGAGAGGAGAAAUCGUUAAUUUGAAAAAUAAAGGACAACAUACUUCGACUCAAAUGGGUAGCGGUCAUUUCCCUUCUGAAGGUGGUUUAAAGACAUCGAGUUAUUUUAAUCGGGUUCAAGUAUUUGAUGAAAAUAACAUGAUCAAGGACCCUGAAAAUUUUAGGACAAAAUCUACGAAUCCAAACUGCUAUAAUUUGAAAAUUGACGACGAACAUUAUGGUACAAAUGGUUAUGGUUUUUACUAUGGAGAUCUCGUUUAUAAUGAUAAAUGCGAAUAA